GUCAAAGGUCAUAUAAAAGAAGAUCAUUUCUCCUCUCCCUCUCUCUCUCUUCGUGUCCUACUUGCUUUCUCUCUGCGCGAUGCGUCCUAGCCUCUUCAUUCUUAUGAUCGAUUGAUUGAUAAUUAGCAUAUGGAGGGCGGUUCACGCUUCAUGAUGCUUUGGACUACCGUCGAUGAUAAUAUGUACUAUCAUAGUUUCGACGAGUUGGGUCUGAAGGAUUGUAAUGAUCGAGAUCUUGUAUUAUCCGGAUUUAAAAGAAAUCCGGAAGCCUUUCCGAUUGAUGUUGGAUUUUUCUGUGUGGGUCAUACCUUGUUCAUGGUUGGAGGCAUGACGGAAUAUUUGGAACCAACAAACGGAUUGUGGUCUGCACUGCCACCACCUUAUGGUUCUUUUAGUGAGUCUUGGACUGUUUGCCCCGCUACUAUGAAGGUAAAGCGAUCCGUCCCCAUUCUAGUCCAGUUGCAUGAUGGCAGGAUAUUCAUUUGCGGAGGCACUAAUGAACAAGAAGGUUGGGCUGAGAUCUACGACCCAAAGAAAGGCGAGUUUGAGGGUAGGAACUUGCCUCGCAUGGAAUAUCCUGCCAUCCCGUUGAGGGAUGACAGGAUAUUCAUCCGCGGGGGCAUUUGUGAACGAGAAGGUUGGGCUGAGAUCUACGACUCGGAUAAUGGCGAGUUCGAUUGUCCCCAUCCAAUCUCUUGCUUUCAGUGGACCGACCAAGUCGUUAUGGUAUACUAUCACCACUUGCUCUACAGCAAAAGGAAAUUUCAUAAACCAUGUCAACCAUCUCUCCUCUCUUACAACAUUGCUGCACAACAAUGGGAAAUUUUUGCGGACAACCUCCCUCCACCAUUAUAUGACUCUGGAAAGAGGAACCUGGUCUAUGUGGGGGGCAACAUUCUAUUCAUUAUCGACUUUGCAUGUACUUGGUUCGUCUAUGAUCUGUCCUCCAAAAAGGAGGCAGGGGAAGUGUUGGUGAAGGGGAAGCCUAGGGGUGAGCGUGUGCCAGUGAAGGGAGCUUUCUAUGCCGGCAACAAAGAUAUUAAAAGUACUAGUUGGGUCUUGUACGUAUUCAUGCCUAUGCCCGAUAACAACUGUGAUCUUGGAUAUGCCAAGGUCGAAGUCGUCCAAGGCAAGGGCGGGGAUUACUUUGCUACAUUUCAAAUCAGGGGUGUCCUGAAAGUCGGUCCCUUUUAUGAGAUUUAUAUCUUUGCUGAGAACGACAAGAAAGGGAAAAGGAGUAUCUUGUUUUCUCUCUCUCUAUCAGAGAAAAAGGUUCAGCUGAAGGUUGAUAUGGCAGCUCUGGAAAGCACGAGUGGUGAAAAUCUUAAAGCUAAGGGAAUUUCAAUGGAGCAAAAAGUGAGUGUAUUAGCUGACAAAUACAAGGGUGAUGAGUUGAGCAGCAUAGUCUAUGGAGGGCUGCUUGAGUGGGACCAACCGCUCCACCGCUUGCGGAUUGAAUUUCAAGCUCUAGUAGCUGGGUUUGUCAUGAAGCUAAUGAAUCGAAAAGAAACGGGCGGUCAACGCUUUAGGAUGCUUUGGACUACUGUCGAUGAUAAUAUGUACUAUCAUAGUUUCAACGAGUUGGGUCUGAAGGAUUGUAAUGAUCGAGAUCUUGUCUUAUCCGGAUUUAAAAGAAAUCCGGAAGCCUUUCCGAUUGAUUUUGGAUUUUUCUGUGUGGGUGAUGCCUUGUUCAUGGUUGGAGGCAUGACGGAAUAUUUGCAACCAACAAACGGAUUGUGGUCUGCGCUGCCACCACCUGAUGGUUCUUUUAGUGAGUCUUGGACUCUUUGCCCCGUUACUAUGAAGGUAAAGCGAUCCCUCCCCAUUCUAGUCCCGUUGCCUGAUGGCAGGAUAUUCAUCUGCGGAGGCACUAAUGAACGAGAAGGUUGGGCUGAGAUCUACGACCCAAAGAAAGGCGAGUUUGAGGGUAGAAACUUGCCUCGCAUGGAAUAUCCUGCCACCCCGUUGAGGGAUGACAGGAUAUUCAUCCGCGGGGGCAUUUGUGAACAAGAAGGUUGGGAUGACAUCUACAACUCGGAUAAUGGCGAGUUCGAUUGUCCCCAUCCAAUCUCUUGCUUUCAGUGGACCGACCAAGUUGUUAUGGUAUACUAUCACCACUUGCUCUACACCAAAAGGAAAUUUCACAAACCAUGUCAACCAUCUCUCAUCUCUUACAACAUUGCUCAACAACAAUGGGAAUAUUUUGCGGACAACCUCCCUCCACCAUUAUAUGACUCUGGAGAGAGGAACCUGGUCUAUGUGGGGGGUGACAUUCUAUUCAUUAUCGACUUUGCAUGUACUUGGUUCGUCUAUGAUCUGUCCUCCAAAAAGGAGGCAGGGGAAGUGUUGGUGAAGGGGAAGCCUAGGGGUGAGCGUGUGCCAGUGAAGGGAGCUUUCUAUGCCGGCAACAAAGAUAUUAAAAGUACUAGUUGGGUCUUGUACGUAUUCAUGCCUAUGCCCGAUAACAACUGUGAUCUUGGAUAUGCCAAGGUCGAAGUCAUCCAAGGCAAGGGCGGGGAUUACUUUGCUACAUUUCAAAUCAGGGGUGUCCUGAAAGUCGGUCCCUUUUAUGAGAUUUAUAUAUUUGCCGACAAGGACAAGAAAGGGAAAGAGAAGAUAGAGAUGAUAGACAAGUGAAUGGAAAAUUAUGUUGAAUAUUACUCAUUCAUCGCAUUCCAUUUUCCUUUGUACAGUUUGUUGUAGCAAUACAGGUUGUAAUAUUUGUGAUUUAGGUUGAAGGCAAUGAAUUUGGAGCAUGUUCUUGAAUUAAGUUUGGUGAAAUUGAAAAUCUUGUUCCUUUU